AUGCCUUCCUUCUUCACCUCGUCAUCACCCAAGAGGAACACCCCAGUCUUCGCCGGUCUCGACGACCCGUUCAAUUUCCCCUCAUCCAAAAUGCGCUACAAGACGCGCUUACAUUCUCGCACAUCCAGCCCGGACUCAGCAACGGACUCGGGCUACGGAAGCGCUGCUUCUCUGGAAGAUGUAGAUUACCCACUGAGUCCCAAGUCCCAGACACCCAUCAAGGACAAUCGCAGACUGCAGAAGAAAGACGGACGGUGGGGGCUGCAGAGCUACGAGUACCAAAGCAUAGCCAACGACUACACGGCUGAGCGCCAGCCUAUCCUCCUCAAUGACAAUAACAGCAACAGCAACAACAGCAGCAGCAGCGCGACACCCAGACGCCAUGCCGAUAACAACCACGAAUGGAAACCCAACCCCAACCACACAUUCACACUGAUCUGUCAGCCCGCCCCCGCAAAGCCAAAGUGUGACGCAGCUCCAGCGUUCCAUGGCGCCUGUUCUUCGACGGCCACCGCGGAGCCCAAGGAAGGGGAGUACAUUGCUACAUCCCUCAUCACCGGUACCGACCGUCAGCAAGCCGUGGACCCGAAUCCCAGUACCUUGGAUGCUCCAGAUGGAUGCGACGCGCGUCUGUGGAUCUGGGGAGCUGGGCGAGCAAUGCAGGGGGAGGAAGGCGAGUACGCUGCUUCAUCCUUCUUCGCCGGUCAUGUCGACAGCUGCGUUUACAGCUACAUCUAUAACGUCGUCCACAUCGUCGUCCACAUCGUCGUCCACAUCGUCGUCCACAUCGUCGUCCACAUCGUCGUCCACAUCGUCGUCCACAUCGUCGUCCACAUCGUCGUCCACAUCGUCGUCCACAUCGUCGUCCACAUCGUCGUCCACAUCGUCGUCCACAUCAUCGUUCACAUCGUCGUCCACGGCUACGGCUACGGCUACGGCUACAACUACGCAUCCACGCACUCUCCGCUCCCCGCGCCACCGCUCCCCAACCCCCCUCGGCAUCCCAACCACCAGCGCCCACCAACCAACGCCAACGCCGCUGCGCAUCCGCCUCCGCAGGCCUUCGUCGGUGCUGCAUUCGAGUUUUUCGGACUCGGACGGCGAGGAGGACGGGAUGGGAGACGAGGUGUGCGGUGGUGA